GUUAAUAGUUUCAGUGUCCUGUAUAUACCAAGACAGUGGGAGAAGAAAACUUUAACGCAGCGAGCUGUGGAUCAGAAAGCACUGACUGAAGUGGGGGUGGGCUGGAAUCAGAUCCUGCAGUUACUAGGAAAAUAGGGAUGUAAUUUCGCAGUUCUGGGAGGAAAGAGUGAGAGGGUGAGAGACUAAUUGCAUAGCUGAAGGAGUCGACCGCGGGAGAAUGGGCCGAAUGGCCUCCCUCCAUAAGUCUUAUGUCUCUGCCCACCAGUAGUUUCGCAUCCCUGCAGUUCGGGGGGAAGCCUGCACACGGCGAUCGACAGGUAUCUUGCUUGGAUGAGAUGACUCGGGCAGCGUGAGAAAGUGCUGUUUGAAAUGGUGAAAUCCAGCUCGGCGUGUGGGGGCGGCUGACUGUUCGCAGCCUGUGGUCUCUCUCCUUCCUUUCAGAAAGACGUAUUUAGUGAAGAGCAGGGAAGACCAGUCAGAACAAGAUGCAGACCUGGAAGUGGCUGGGCUGUGUCAGGCUCACUCUGGUGCUGUACUUCGUGAAAGUUUCACAGCAGGGUGCAUACCAAAGGAAACUCUACCGGGACUUGCUGAAAAACUACAAUCGCUUGGAGCGUCCUGUACUGAAUGAGUCUCAGCCACUCACUGUUGAUCUGGGGGUGACCUUAAUACAGAUAAUUGAUGUGGAUGAGAAAAAUCAAGUGCUGAUCACAAAUGUUUGGCUGCAUAUGCACUGGAAAGACUGCUACCUAAAGUGGAAUGUUACUGAAUAUGGAGGUAUACGCACCUUGCACUUUCCUUCAGAUUAUGUGUGGGUCCCAGACAUUCUUCUCUAUAACAGUGCUGAUGAAAGAUUUGAUGCAACCUUUCACACCAAUGUUCUUGUAAAUUCCACUGGACAUAGUCAAUACCUCCCACCAGGUAUUCUGAAGAGUACAUGUUACAUUGAUGUCCGCUGGUUCCCCUUUGAUGUCCAAAGAUGUGAUUUAAAAUUUGGCUCAUGGACACAUGACGGUUGGUUAGUGGACCUGCAGAUGUUGGAAGCUGACAUUUCUACUUAUUUACCAAAUGGAGAAUGGGACCUUGUUGGAGUACCAGGAAAGAGAAAUGAAAUCCAUUAUGAUUGCUGUGAAGAACCCUAUCCAGAUGUAACCUACACAGUGCUGAUACGCAGGCGUACUCUCUAUUAUGGACUAAACUUGCUGAUUCCAUGUCUCUUAAUAUCUGGACUCGCACUCCUUGUAUUCCUGUUACCAGCUGAUUCUGGAGAGAAGAUUUCAUUAGGAAUCACUGUGCUCUUGUCCUUAACGGUAUUCAUGCUACUUGUAGCUGAAAUAAUGCCAGCAACAUCUGACUCUGUCCCUUUGAUUGCUCGGUACUUUGCAGCGACAAUGUUCAUCGUGGGCUUGUCUGUGGUCGUCACUGUGCUGGUCCUUCAGCUUCAUUACCAUGAUCCUCAUGGAGGAAAGAUGCCAAAGUGGGUCCGAGUGGUGUUGUUGAAUUGGUGUGCUUGGUUUCUUCGCAUGAAGAAGCCUGGAGAUGGAAGGAGCAGUGUGCCUUGCAGGUACAAUCAGCAGCAGCAACAAAGCUUCAGCACCGUGGAGAUGAGUGGAAUGCCCAGUCAGCGGUCUGGCAAUGGCAACAUGAUCUACUUCGGCUAUCACACUAUGGAGAACCCAUGCUGCCCUGUCAGUGCUGACUCAGGUAUGAUGUGCGGUCGGAUCACUUGCUCGCCUUCCAAGGACAGUGGCUGUGCCCAGAGCAUUCCUAUUGUUGGAAGCUCUCUGGAGAUCGUGAAGAUUCUAGAGGAGCUUCAGUUCAUUGCCAAGCGUUUCCGGGACCAAGAUGAGGGUGAAGUCCUCUGCAGUGAAUGGAAGUUUGCUGCUGCCGUGGUUGACAGAUUGUGCUUAGUGGCAUUUACAGUGUUUUCUAUAAUUUGUACAUUUGCCAUUUUAAUGUCAGCCCCUAAUUUCAUAGAAGCAGUUUCAAAAGAUUUUGCAUGAGGCUUGAUUUGAUUCACCAAAAUGCACUAUCUCUGAACAAAUCUUCAGAUGUCAGCAACACAAGAAUACAAGAGGUGCUAAGCACCAUCUUUGAACAAAAGGAUAUUCAGGAACGUAAUUUCACAGAAAACCCCAUACAAAUCCCCUUCAUUCCUAUCACUGAAACAUUUUUUUUUAAACAAGAUUGCCAUUCAUUUUAUAUUACCAUUUAAUGCAAGUACAUUUGAUGAGAGAAAAGUUCCUUACCCUUAAUGAUGCAUUUAAAGGCUUUGAAAUGCUUACAAAAAGAUCUUGAUGACAUGGCCUGACAAUUCAAUUACUUCCUAGUUAAAAACUGCCCGGCCAAGACUUGGCCCCACAGUAACAGAAAUGAUAACAAGAAAUUCAGCAAUGUAUAUUGGAGACAAAAUUCCUCCUUUACCAAAACACAAAUGGAUGUCUGUUUUUCUCUGACAUUGUUAGAAGAAAAUCAAACAAGUAAGUUUCACUUUUAAUGUAAUUGGAUCAAUUCAUGAUUAAUAAUGAUAAAAACAGACAUGCACCUUUUUUCUGUUAAAUAAGGAAUCUUUGAACUGAACAGUUUAUGAUAUGUAAAACAAGGAAAAAAAUGUUUUGUGACACUGUGAUAUAGCUAAAUCCCAAAAUGGAAAUACACAGCUGAAUAUACUUAUAUUUCCAAUAUGGUCACUCCCUCCCAAGAGUCUGUUCUUUGUUAAUAUUUGGUCAUGUGAGCAGGGAAAAUAGUUAAAUAUUAAUACAUUUGAAACAAUAAAUAUUUAAAAUGUUGUUUCACUGGAGGUAGUGACGAGCAGUGGGUCUUUCACAAGAAGAACCUGUAAUUUGUAUAUGAUGCUUAUGAUGGAGCAACUGGGGAGUUUAAUGCAAUUGUUAAGAACAACUGGGGCUAACCAUCACUGCUAAGAUGUAGUAUGUAACAUAUGGCUCACAUGGAGAAAACCUGUUUAUUAAAAAUGGAUGAUGAACUACACUGCAUGGAAUAUUAUGGGAGGCUUAACAAAUUAUACAUUGAUUAGGUACAUCGGUAUACAAUCUAAAACAAAGCCUUAUUUAGUAAAUUAGUAUGAAUGAUCACUCCUCACAUUGAACAAAAGGAAGAAAGAUUUCUCUUUGGUGACUUGAUCAAUAUAAAUCUCUCAACCAAUUUCACUAGAAAGAGUUACCUGCUUGUUAUUUCAUUGCUAUUUGAGGCACUUUACUGCUUGCAGUCUGACUGCUGGAUAUCGAACAUUACAGUAAUGAUUACACUUUAGCAAUAUUUUAUUGGCUGUGAAGCAUGUUAAGACACCGAGAGGUUAUGCAAGGUUCUAUAUAACUGCAAGUUCUUUCUUCCUCUCUCAUAACUAUCAUUAGGUAGAAUUUGUGGUAAAGAAUCAGAUUAUUCAGCCCAACUACUUUGUGCUGGUGUUUUAACAUUAUGCAAGUUGCCUCACACUUCACAUCUAACAUUUUUAGCACAUCUUCCUAUCCUGAUCUUCUUCGUGCAUUUAUCUAGCUUAUCAUCAAGGCCAUCUAUACUACUCACUUCAGCUACUCCACUUGGUAGCAUGAUACAUGUCCCAGCUACUUAUAUGGUAAAAUAUUGUAUCACAUCAUUUGACAAACAAGCAGCUGAAUUCAGCACGUACUGCUUUUUUUUCCGAAAAGCCUGUAGAAUAACUAUUACUCAAACCAGAGGUGCAAAUUAGAAAAAAAAAGUAUUGUGUAGGUGAAUUAGCAACAGAUGGGUUGGAGAAGAGCUAUGUUGGCUGUAAAAGCACAUUUGUGAAUUAGAUCUUCAGCUCUUUUGCACAGUUUGUUGCACCUAGAAGAUAAAUGACCUUCAGUUACUUAUGGAGUUAUGGUCCUUUAAUUAGUAAUGUCCAAUGUGUAUGUGCUAGUUUGUGCUACAGCAUCAGAAAUGAGGUGUGUUUCUGGUACUUAAUGCUUUGCUGAAAAUUUUCAUAUGUUAAUUAAUGAUAUAAAAAAAAUUGAAGUGCAUAUAUUUGCACAAGGUGAUGUACAAGGGCAAUCAACUAUUUUAAAGGGCAUUAGUAUUUCAUGCCACUGAUCAAAUUUGUUAUCGCUCUAAUAAUUAGUCUAGUCUGUUCUGACAUCUGUCAAAAACUAUGCUGUUACUAUUAUAAUGUGUUUCUCUUGCAAUGUGUACUUUCUUUGAUCAGCUAUUUGAAUUAAAUUAUGCACUGGGGAAAACCCAGAUGCCCAUUUAUUUAAUGGUUGCUGUUGUAUUCCAGACAAGAUGUCUUUAGCCACUUAGCAGCUACUUGAAUUGUGUUAUCUAUUAUCCAUUACCUUGAUUUGUGUUUUCUCUCUCAACUUCAAUCAAGUCUAUGUACUAACCUGGUUGCUUUAUGACCCUCAAUGUGAUAUUUAAUUGCAUUAAAUUCUUUACAAACCCAAAUGACCUGCUGUACUUCUGGCGUUUAGAUUUCUGGGAAGUAUGCUCAGAGUUUCAUGUAUUUAGCUGUCUUUCUAUCCAUAUCCCAAUUGAUGUAAUUGUAUCUGGAUGUAAUACAAAAGCUUUAUUAGUUAUAUAACUGACUAUAAAUACGAGCUUUGUUAAAUCUAAUUGUUUCCUCUGUUUCUAACUGACCUGGCGCAAAUGAUAUUUGUUUUGAGAUGUAAUGGCAUUAUAACAACUUGAUGUAAGUAAUAGUGUAGGGUUGGGGCUUAAAAAAUGGCUGCUUUUCAUAAUGAUUAAUAAAUCAUUUCCGACAUGAAUUGAAAACAAAAAUUCUAGAAAACCUCAGCUGGUCUGGCAAAAUCUAUGAAGAAAGAAACAGAGCUAACUGAUUGUUGUUAGCUCUAACAAAUGUAAGUAAUUUCUUAGACUUGUUGAUGUUUUGUGUUUCUGGUAAACAGAAGUUAAAUGUAGCAGUAAAUUUCAUUUGUAUUUUGUCCAUCAUUAUUUCAGUGUUCAAUUAAAGUUCAUGCAGGUA